AUGUUGACACGACACCCGGUCGCGCUCGACGAGCUUUUCGCUCAACUCUCCACCAAGUCUUGCAGUCUGUCGACCUGUUCCUCAACAACCUCGUCUUUUUCAGCCGUUCCGCCGUGUACAACGUCAGCCGUCCACCCCGGUUGUACUAGUAGUUGGAGUUGCACACAAGAACUUCUAGGACACAACAAAUCCGCCCAUAUUUUCGGUCGUCGCACCUCCGCGGUCAGUGCUUCCUCGUUCAGCGAGCUCGGGUUUCUCGGCACGCCGACAGCAGUAGAAGGCAGGGGGAGGACUUUAAAAUCACACGCGACGGCGCACGAGAGCUGCAGCAUGGGUCUUCGUAGUGCUGGUGGAGACGAUCAGCAGAGGGCGGAAGCCUUGUGUUUCCGAACAGCGAGGACCAUCGAUCAACGCCCCCCGCCUCUUCAGAACGGAAGGAGAACUUCUUUUCACGACCGUGCAAAACGACUAAGAACCGCUUUCCCGGCUGCGAUCGAGCCACCGUUGACCAAGGGCCUCGGCUGUGCGUCCGGGGUACUGCGGGCGAAGUUUGACCCCGCCACAGGGGAAUUUCGGGGCAUCAUUCAGCAGCCCGGAAAACUCACCGCGAAAUUGAACAACGGAGCGUUUGAUCGUAUAUAAAUCCUUCAUGCUUAUUUUGCGACGGAUUAUUCUGAGGAUCGAUCGUGUUUGAGAUUUAGAUUUAGAUUUCUUGCCACGGGGAACUACGGCACUGGAAGUCUGCACUAUGGAUGUCCUUUUUCGGUGCUACAGUAGCACGACUGUGUCCUUGCGAGAAGGGCGAUGAAGAUCAGGAUUGGAGCAUCAUCCCGUAGUUGUGGGUUCGUUCAUUCUUGCAACAGCAUCAGGCACAAACGCUAAAUGUGAAUAUGCCUUGCAUGUAGAUGGAAUUAUUUAUGGCCAGGAUCGAUCCGCCCCCGCAACAAAAUUUCAAUUUGUUGUAUUGCACAUCAACAUUACGUCCAUGCGCAGGUGCGAUGUUCGAGGACCAGAGUCUAUCGUAGGAAAAACAUGUUUCAGAAGUGUGGACAUGCGAUGCAGGGGAUGCAUGAAUGGAUUAAGCAGUUCGCUUUGCCAGAAACGAGGAAGAGUUCUUUUGGAUGCCCUAUUUACCGUUCCUGAAGACUGUUUCCCUGAGGCAGUGCGCAUGAUUUUCAUUUUGAUUUGCUCUGUCGUGCGAGAGCAGGACAUCAGCCUUGUUAUGUUGGUAAAGGAAAAGCUCUGCAAAAGCAAAAGCAAAAACGCAACUAAUCGUAAUCUUCGAAAUAGUGAAACACUUUUUUCCUUCGAUAGACUGAAGACGAAAAACCAGGGGAAGACGAUGCGGCACCGGAGACUAUGAAAAAAAAUCAUUGUGAGGUCCAUAAUUGCUGAACUCUCGCGUCGACGACCACGCAUGCUCGUGUACUGGGGUCAUGUUGUAGCCGUUCUGCGUAAGUACAAAGUUGUACGUGCUACAUGAUCGUCAUACAUCCAAAGUUUCCUGAUUAUACUUGGUACAUCGUUGAAUGCACGGCUCGCUCUUCAUCGUCUUUGCAUUCUUACCGAGUCAAGUGGCUUCGUCUUGACAUCAGACGGCAAUUGUGCACGGCUCUGCGGGUCCUUUCUGAGCACUUUCAUACAAGCACCGCCCGCUCCGCAACUUCCCGCACCGCCUCCGACGCCGCACGGGGUCGAAUUCAAUUUUGGUCUCACUUAAACCUGAUGAAAGAAUACAAAUGCAGAAAUGGUGGACCUUGAUGUACAGGACCAAGAAGAAUGAUAAAGAAAGAAAAACUUCUAUACUAGCAUGCAAUACCGAAGCGCAUCCGUUGGUGGAGGUAAUCAUGUACACCUCCCGAUAUUGAUGAAGACGAAGAGAAAUAAGAAGCUCGAUAAGUCGAUGAAGUCGAUUGAUCUUCACAAGCUCAAGUGGGAGAUUAUUAAAUUUCAAU